AUGGUCCGACGCGAUUGUCCUGCCCCACCCAUUGAUAUGGGUUGGGGCUCUAUUGAUGUCGCCCCGGCGACCCUUGGGCCAGCGCACCUGCCAAUACAACCAUCAUCACCAACCAUCCUCAGUUUUCAUCACACACACGGAACUUCAACCAACGGCCUCAAGUCAGCAGCACCCACGAGCAAGGCCAUGGAUCAGAAUAGAAGCAGGUUCGUAGAUGCCGAAGACGAGAAGGCAUCAAGGGGCCCUAGAGGGAACAAGGGGCCCGGGGCCAUAGGUGACGAGCAAGGACAAGGCGGAGGGGCAACGAAACCAAACCAACUGGAGUCCAGUGAUUUCGUAGGGAAAGCUGGAACCCACGAGCCAGGUUUCCCUAAAAUUGGCCAUUACGAGGUCUGCGAAAAGCGUGUCCGUGCCUGGCAUCUUGGAGCUCUUCUCUUCGAUACCGGGCGAGCUAUUUACGUUUGGGAGAACAGUUAUUUCCCGACACUUUACAUUCACAAGUCUUCCGUAUUCGACCGAGAGGACGAGGGAUUCCCUUUAAAGAAGUACGGUGGUAGUAAGAAGGACGAGAAACUUCUUGACCUUCUAUCAGCAAGUGGGUUAGCUGAUCUCGUCGAAAGCGAUCUUGCUCUGUUUGUUCACAAAAAGUAUGUCAGCAACGUCAUACUUGUUGCUCAGGGCCGCCUCAAAGACCAUAUUCGCAUCCCUUUCAAGGCUCUCGAUGCCGGUCUAGACGAAUGGCGAGAGCACGAGGAUGUUAUAAUUGGUUUCCCACGUGACCCAUACAAGGGUAUAAGCCUGAACCACUGCCUUCGCUCCGUUGAAAUCCACAUUGACACGGAUAAAUUCGAGUCGAACCAAGCUAUCGUAUUGUCUCAGAAGGGCUACCCACCACGGUUUUACUUCACACGGGACAUCUUCAAAUCCAAGCUGUCCUCAGGCCACAAGCUGUCAGCGAGAGAUCCUCGCAAGAAUGGGAGGUCGUUUUCUUGUCCCUACAAGGGCCACGCUGAAUAUUUCAACAUGACUAUCAAUGGCAGUGAAUACGAAAACAUAUGCUGGCGCUUCACUCAACCCCCCCCUGAUCUCUAUGAGAUCAAGGGUAGAUUCUGCUUUCGCACUUGUAUGCUUACAUCAAUGAGCGUUGAUGGAGCUCCUCUCACCCUAGAAAGCUUACCUGAGAACAACGGCCUGUCAGAGGAAGACCUGGCAAUGUUUUUCUAUGAUGUUUAA